AUGUCCGAAGAAGGGGCAGAAAGCAAGAUGGUCAAGGUCAAAUCUGGUCGAACUCCCGAACAGCAAGCAGCCAGAGAUGCUCGAAAGGCAGCUAAAUUAGCUAAACAGGAUUUAGCUGAAGAUCCUUCCAGUGUCAACCAAGAGGUUGACGGCGAAGACCAAGCUGAAUCUUCCAAGAAGAGGAAGAGGCCAAUCGUAGCUGAGGGGGAAGAAUUAGAGAUCAACGUAGCUUUACCUGCGCCUCUAUCAAAAGCCGAACUAAGAGCACAACGUAAAAAAAUCAAAAGAGGAGAAGAAAUUGAUCAACCGAAAAAGAAAGAAUAUGAAAAACCUUAUAAAGCUACCAAAUCAUAUUUGGAGGAGCAAGAAAAGUUGAAAGGUGCUGACGGUGCAGAAAAAGGUGAUGGAGAAGAUGAUGGGAAGAUCGUCAAUGGUGUAGGAACUAAAAGGCAAAAUUCAAUCUGGAUCGGAAAUUUAGCUUUCAAAACUACGGUUGAAAGUUUAACUGAUUUUUUCGAAAAUGGUAUCACUGAAUCAGGUGGAGUUGGUAAAGGAUCCAUAACAAGGAUAAAUAUGCCAAAGAAAAACGCAAGAGAUGGUUUUGCGCAAAAUAAAGGAUUUGCUUAUGUCGAUUUCCGUUCACCUGAACUACAAGCUCUGGCUGUUGGCUUGAGUGAAAAGUUCUUUGAAGGAAGGAAACUGUUGAUCAAGAAGGGUGACGAUCACGCUCCUACGCCGAAUGCUCGAACACCUAAACCACUAUCUACCAAAGCAGAAGACUUGGGUUCUUCAUCACGAAGACCAGAAACGUCCUCUGUGUAUAUGGGAAACCUACCGUUUGAUGCAACAGAAUUGGCCAUUCGUGAUCUCGUCGAGGGGAAUGCCGUUGAAAGAGAGGGUAUAGAGACAGAAGAGGGUGCGGAUGAGAUUGCUGAAAGAGGUGGAAAGAAAAGUGGUUUGAAAAAGGUCAGAUUAGGUGCUUUUGAAGAUACAGGAAGAUGCAAAGGAUUCGCAUUCUUAGAUUUCUUGUCAUCACGUCAUGCCAAAGUCGCUUUAGCAAAUAGGAAGAACCAUUAUUUCAAUGGUAGACGGCUAACUGUGGAGUUUGCCUCUGAAGAAGCGGCCAAGAGAAGCGGUGGUAUAAGGUCAAAACCCAAGACUGAUAAACCCAAACGAUUCUACGAAUCUACAAAUGCUGAAGGCGAAGCUCCAGCCGCACAAGGCAAUGACGGAGAAGGUGUGCCUGCUCCAGAAAAGAAGAACGAUAAGAGAGGAAAGAAAUGGGAAGUCUCUGGUAGAACUGCACCUGGUGCAGCUCUUGCCAUGGCUAAGAGGCAGAAUGUGGGAAUUCUGGAGGGAGCAGGUGAGAAGAUUACUUUUGAUUAG